CGCAGAGUCCCCAAAGCUUCUGUAAGAUGCAGAGAAGAAAAUUAAAGCCCUGAGGGACAGUUGCGAAGACCUGCGUAAAGAAACAACGCAGAGAAGGCUGGAAAUUAAAACCAUGAAAGACGAUCUGUUUGCAAGGCAUAAACGUCUCACUAAGGAGCACAAAGAAGUGGACGAACUAUUUCGAAAACAAGAAGAAUUAAAGGAUGAACUUGUCCGUCUCCAAGCCAUUCCUAUUCAGCUCGGAAAGGAUAUGGAAAAAAUAAGCCGCAGAAUGCAAGACAUAGAGAAGAGAAAAAUCUUGCUUCAGGAAGAAGCGCAAGAACUUGUGGAGAUGUCCAAAAAAAUGGAGACCAAGUGCGUGGAGGCCAUGGAGGAGAAAGAAGAUGCGAUCAAGGAGGUCGACGGGAAGAAAGCACUGCUCGAGAUCAAAGAGCGAGAAUUCAACACUCAGAGCAAGGUGCACGAGAUGAAUAAAGAGAACGAAGGCACCGCCAUUUCAGAGAGGGGUGUAUUAGAAAUGGGUUUUCGCAAUGUGACCAAUUUGAAACAGAAACUGCACGAUACUCUGAGUCGGAUGCAAAGGGAGAAGGAGAAGGAUUUCCGAACAUUUAAAAAGAUGGAAAUGCAGCUGAAAAUCGCUCAGGAAGGCCUGAUCCAAGUUCAGUCGCAUCACGAAAGAAUGCUUUUAGAGUUAGAUGCUGCUGUCCCUAAAGACGAUGGGACAAUAUUAGAGAGGCGAAGGGAGCUUCAGAGAGAAGUGGAAAUAGCAAAGCGAAAUCUGACACAAGAGAAAACAUCCACUGAUGCUGAGGUGCGGACUCUCGAGCAGUGCAUUGCUGAGGAAGACCAACUUAUUCAUGCUCAGGAGCAUUACAGGGAAGAGUUCAAUAACUUGAUCCGCAUGACCCAGCUCAAGGCGGAUGAGCGGGAACAAAAAUCGAAGGAUUUCUUGAAAGCUCAGCAGCGCCUGAAUAACAUCAUUGCAGAAAUAAAAACGAAAGACUUCGAAAUUAGGGAGCAUACAAAGAAACGGAGAGAGAUUCAUAGACAGAUGAAAGAAUUUGCCAAACUGUACGACGUUGUGCGGCACGAGAGAAACAAGUUGGUGAGCAUUGUACACUGCGCUCGCCAGAAAACAAAUGAAAUUAAAGACAAAGUCAAAAUGCUGGAUAACGAGAUGGAGAUCUUAAGGACCAACGCCGUAAUUAAGGAAAGAAAACUGCAGAAAUACCAGAUGAAGUAUUCCAACAACGUUGCGAUCAAGGACAGCAUCCAGAGCGAUGUUUGCAAGGUUUAUCAGACCGUCCAGGACAUGAAGGAGAAACGGGAGCAGCAGCUGAUGGACGUCGAACGGCUGACCAACACGCUCACCCGGAUCGAGGAGGAAAUGGUCCAGUUGCGCAAGACGUACGAAAAGGCUGUCCAGAGACGAAAUGAAAGUGGCGUUCAGCUCAUCGAACGUGAAGAAGAAGUGUGCAUUUUCUAUGAAAAAAUAAACAUUCAGGAAAUGAUGAGCCGAAAUGGCGACAUUGAGAUUAAUGUGAUGGAUGAGAAAAUACGCUAUCUGAAACUGAAGAUGAUCGAGAAAAAGAGGCAGAUUGAAUUACACGUCAAAAUGUUGCCCACCAAGAGGACUCUUGAUGCUGAUUUAGUGGUGCUUCAAAUUCAGUUUUCACAAUGCAAGGACAAAAUUAAAAGCCUGGAGAAGCAGUUUACUGACCCAGACCGAGAGAACAGAGUAAGAGCCUUGCCUGGAAAGGACCCCUCCAUUCAAGAGCUCUUCAAGAAGAUAGAGGAGUUGGAAAUUAAUCUGACUCGGAAAGAGGAGAAACUGCUGGAAAAGGAGUUUAUUUAUGAGCAAGUUUCCCGAAUGAUGGAGAAAAUCAGCGUCAAAGCAGAAAAUGGCAAGGAGGAAACCUUAAUCCUGGCUAAAAAGAUGAACAUGCUGCAAGAGAAAAUAAAGAGCACCACUCAGAAGAUCAUGGCUCUCAUUGCGGAGCUGUCCAUGCAGCAGGCCUUCGCCAUUAAGCUGCAGCAAGAGAUGCGGGACAAAGAGCAGACCAUCCUGUGCAUCGUCUCCCGACUGGAGAAAGGGCUUCCUCCUCCGAGAGAAAUCGAGCAGGACUGGCUCAGGGUGCUGCGGGAUGAAAAAAUGCACGCGAUCGCAAGCGAAGCCAAAGCGAAACAGGCCCUGGAAGAAGAACAGGCUGCCCUGCCAACUGCCGUCCACACUACGGCGGAGCAGCGUCCCAACGCCUACAUCCCCGAUGACGAAAACGUUCUCCCGCUACCGAGGCCUUACGGCUCGCUGGUGCCGUUCAAACCGAGUGAGCCCAGCGCCAACAUGAGGCACAUCAGGAAGCCAAUUGUGAAACCGAUAGAAAUCUGAGCGGCUUCAAGUUCUGGUGAAGGAGAACAACUUCUCGCUCCGAGAAACAGUCUAUUUUGCAUUCUAUUAAAAGAUGUUCCCGGGAUGAUAAGGGGCAGGCAUGAAAAUGUAUGGCUUAGUAGCUCAAGGAAUGUUUUUGCCUUCUUGAAAGUUCUGGAAAUAUGUAAUGAAAUAAAC